GGCGCCACCACCACCAGUGGUUACUUCUCCUGGUUCAGUGAUCAUUCCCAAAGGAAAAUGUCAAAAACCAUGGCUAAUAAAUGUUGCCAUUGUUGUCUCAGUUAGUGCCACUAUUUGUUUUUCAUUGUGGGGUAUUGUUCGCUAAGAAGGAGAAGAAGGAAGAAGAACAAUCCAGUGCAAGAAGUUGGGACUGAUAUAACCUCUAUAAGGUCACUGCAGUAUGAUCUCAACUUCAUUGAAGUGGCAACAAACAAGUUUGCAGACGGUAAUAAACUAGGUGAAGGUGGAUUUGUUGUGGUAUACAAGGGUAGUUUUCUGAAUGGAAAAGAAAUAGUUGUGAAGAGCCUAUCAAAAAGCUCUGGACAAGGUGCAGAAGAAUUCAAGAAUGAAGUUGUAGUACUAGCCAAGCUUCAGCACCAGAAUCUGGUGAAGCUGUUAGGAUUUUGCACAGAACGAAAAGAGAAGAUGUUUAUCUAUGAAUUUGUUCCCAACAAAAGUCUUGACUUCUUCCUCUUUGGUCUGGCCUUUCUUCACAUUUAUCUGGAUUAAACUGUUCUUUACUUACUUAUGGGUAUUAUUCAUAGCUAUUUAGCAUUACUGCUCUUGUUCAGUUCUUUCACAUGUCAAUCCAAUUGCUAAUUGCUGUAAGGUAAUAUAUUCAGAUCCUGAGAGAAGUGGAGAAUUGGAUUGGCCAAGACGUCACAAGAUAAUUAAGGGGAUUGCUCGAGGCCUUCUAUAUCUUCAUACUGAUUCAAGGGUCAAGAUCAUACACUGUGAUCUAAAAGCUAGUAAUAUUUUGUUGGAUGAGGAUAUGGUCCCGAAGAUUUCAGAUUUUGGCAUGGCAAGAAUUAUUGAAGAAAAUCGACCACAAGAACCUACUAAGAGAAUUGUUGGCACAUAGCAUGGAAGCAUUGGAAAGGUGGGAUGGUAUUGGAAUUAAUGGAUCCAACUUUUAAGAGAUUCUUAUGUGAGUAACGAAGUUACCAGGUGUAUUCAGAUUGGGUUGCUUUCUGUUCAAGAAAACCCAACUGCAAGACCAACCAUGACAAGAGUAGUUACCUUGCUUAGCAGUUCAUCUGUUACUCUUCCUGCGCCUCAAAAGAAUGCAUUUUUCUUUGGCAGUAUCACAGGACUACGUAGUGGUUGUGUGGAGCUGGAGCGGGAUAGGAAUACGGACAAAUCAACCUCUUGCUUCGUGGAUGAUGCAUCCAUUACUAGAGGAUACCCUCGUUAGUAUUGGAGCAGCGUUGUCAAAGAUGCAAAACUUUGGCAGCAAAUGCAAUGAAAAAUGAGAUGCAAAUGAGGGCUGCACUUAUGAGAGCAAGGGACAGCCAAAUGACAGCAGAAGAAGGAUAGAACUAAUGGCAGCGACAUUGUUGCAUAUGGGCUGCCAUACAUGGUUGCAAUUGUGUUAGAUUUAGUCAAUGUUUCAGGUAGCGAAAGGCACAAUGUUAAGUAGAAAAUAUUGUUUUUGUAUUUUAUGGUCUCUGUUUAUGGCAGAGGAUGAAUGAAAUAUUGGAGCUUCAUCUCAUUUAAAGAGUGAACUCCAGGUGUCUCUCCUCCUCUCUACUGUUAUCUCUUCCCCUUAAAAAAUCCAUAAUAGGUAG